AAUUCUCUCACUACCCAAUCAUCUCCAUACACUUCUCUUAUCUCCUCCCUCUCCACUCUCUCUCUAGAUUUCAUUUCACUUUCUCUCUCUAAAAUUAAUUCCUUUUAUGGAAUGACAGAUUACAGAGUCUCGUCGACGAUGAAUCUCUGGACCGACGACAACGCCUCCGUCAUGGAAGCGUUCAUGAACUCCGAUCUCUCCUCCUUCUGGCAGCCCCAGCAGUCUUCCACCGCUUCCACCUCAGCUCCGGCCACUGCCGCUCCUCCUCCUUCCACCCCUUUGACGCCUCAUUUCAACCAAGAAACGCUCCAGCAGCGGCUCCAGGCCUUAAUUGAAGGCGCCCGAGAGAGCUGGACUUACGCUAUCUUCUGGCAGUCGAGUUAUGACUAUUCGGGUGCUUCGGUUUUGGGUUGGGGCGAUGGGUAUUAUAAAGGGGAAGAAGAUAAAACUAAAGCUAAAUCGAAAAACUCCGGUUCGAUUUCCGAGCAGCAGCACCGGAAAAAAGUUUUACGGGAGCUUAACUCGUUGAUUUCCGGGUCCACUACGAUCACCGACGAGCAAGUUGACGAGGAGGUUACCGAUACUGAGUGGUUUUUUCUUGUUUCGAUGACUCAGUCUUUUGUCAACGGCGGUGGGUUACCGGGUCAAGCUUUUUUCAACGGGAGUCCUGUUUGGGUUGCUGGGUCGGACCGGUUGGCUGGUUCGCCUUGUGAACGGGCUAGACAAGGUCAGGUUUUUGGGCUGCAGACUUUGGUUUGUAUUCCGUCUGCUAAUGGUGUUGUCGAGCUUGGUUCGACGGAGAUGAUUUUUCAGAGUUUGGAUCUGAUGAAUAAGGUUAGAUAUUUGUUUAAUUUUAACAGUCUUGAAGUGGGUUCGGGUUCGGGUCCGAUGGGUAUGAAUCCGGAUCAAGGGGAGAACGAUCCGUCUUCGCUUUGGAUCAGUGAUCCGUUGCAAAGCGGAAUUGAAGUUAAGGACGGUAAUAGUGUAGUUCCGUCGUCGGUUAACGGUAACGAUAAUAAUAAUCAGCAGAGCUUGAAAACGGGUCAGUCUUUGAACCCGAAUUCGAGCAGUGUGAAUAAUAAUCCUACUGCGAUUAAUUUGCAGAAUCAACAGCAGCAGAGUUUGUUUACUCGGGAGUUGAAUUUCGGGGAUUAUAAUGGAUUUGAUGCUGUAACUAACGGUAAAAAUGCGAAUAAUUCGAGCAUUUUGAAACCGGAAUCCGGGGAGAUUCUGAAUUUUGGGGAUAGUAAGAGGAGUUCUUGUAGUGCAAAUGGAAAUUUACUUUCGAAUCAUUCGCAAUAUGCAUCGGAAGACAAGAAUACGAAGAAGAGAUCGCCUACGUCGAGGGGUAGCAACAAUGAAGAAGGGAUGCUUUCGUUUACGUCCGGUGUCAUCUUACCGGCUUCUGGUGCGGUGAGAUCAAGUGGCGGUACAGCGGAUUCAGACCACUCUGAUCUCGAAGCCUCGGUUGUUAGAGAAACAGAGAGCAGUAGGGUUGUUGAGCCUGAAAAGAAGCCGAGGAAACGCGGGAGAAAACCGGCUAAUGGAAGAGAAGAGCCGUUGAAUCAUGUCGAAGCAGAGAGGCAGAGAAGGGAGAAACUGAACCAGCGAUUCUACGCUUUACGAGCGGUGGUUCCUAAUGUGUCGAAGAUGGAUAAAGCUUCACUUCUCGGUGAUGCCAUAUCGUAUAUCAAAGAGCUUAAAUCAAAGCUGCAAACUACGGAAUCCGAUAAGGAGGAUCUUGAGAAGGAAAUGGAAGCGUUGAAAAAAGAGUUUUCAAGUAAAGAUUCACGGCCUGGGCCGCCUUCACCGGAUCAAGAACUCACCAUAUCGAAUAAUCUCGGAAGCAAACUGGUAGAUUUGGAUAUUGAUGUGAAGAUAAUCGGAUGGGAUGCAAUGAUACGAAUUCAAUGUAGCAAAAAGAAUCACCCAGCAGCUAGACUAAUGGCAGCUCUCAAAGACUUGGACCUUGAUGUCCACCACGCUAGCGUGUCGGUGGUAAAUGAUCUGAUGAUACAGCAAGCUACCGUUAAAAUGGGUAGUCGAUUUUACACGCAGGACCAGCUCCGCGUCGCUUUAUCAACCAAAAUUGCCGAGGCCUAAUACAACCCUAUGUUAAAUAUGGUGUUUCUGGUUCUGGGACAUUUUAAGGCUCCCCAGCGGCUGCGUAAGCUCUGUAAUAUAUUGUUUGUAGUGUAAUUGGAGUCGAGAUGAAAUUAGGGGAGGAGCUGAACUAAUGUGCUAAACAGAUCCGCGUAGCUCCGGUCAGAUCGAAGUGAAGAUAGCUAUUUUUGUGUUAAUUUUUAUGUUUAGCUUUUGUUGUAUAUAGUUCAAAUGCAUUUGUGCAUUGUAUGCAAUAUGUUUUAUCAGUAAUGUAGAGCAGAGGCCAUAGUCUUUAAAUCUCCAGUAUGAUAUUUUUGAUAAUUUUCAGAUUAGGAGAAUAAUUGGAUAUGUAUGUGGAAGCUGGAACAUCCAAUUCUAUCAAUGUUAGAUAAUAAUUUUAAUUUUU